UAGCAGUAUGGUAGUAGUACUGAUAAAAACAAUAACAGUUGGAUAUGGUAAUGUUGGAAAGACUAGCCUUCUUAUCACUUAUACUACCGGACAGUUUCCCUCUGAGUACACUCCGACGGUAUUUGAUAAUUAUUCACUGCUUGGUAAUCUUGAUGCUAGACCAUACAAUCUAGCACUUUGGGACACCGGUGGUGGAGAAGACUAUGAAAGGCUCCGUCCCCUCAGUUACCCCCAAACUGAUGUGUUCAUUCUUCUGUUUUCUGCUAGUGAUAAUGAGGAUAGGUUUGAGCAGAUUCAUUCCUAUUGGUGGGUCGAACUGAAUCAUCAUUGUCCAGAUGUCCCAAUAGUUUUAGUUGGUUCUAAAAUAGAUUUAAGAAACAAAGAUGGAAUUCAAACUGUUACAACUGAAGAAGGUCAGGCUAUGGCAGAAAAGAUUGGGGCUGCAAAAUACAUGGAAAUAUCAUCAUUGGAGAAUCGGGGUGUUGGUGAAUUAUUUGAAGAAGUUAUCAGAUUAGGUUUUGAUCACAGUCUUACUGAAGCAAAAAAGGAAAAAAAGACAAAGAAAUGUGUCAUUUUGUAGAGUUUCAAUGUAACUGUAACUGCUUCAAAAUAAAUGUCAUGAUGUUGAUUUUUUAUAUGUGGUAAUACCGUAAUAUACCAAAUAUUUGGAAAUUCUGUAGAAACAAAUUUUUAUUCUUUUGGCUCUCA